AUGGAUGAAGAUCUCGGCUAUUACAUCUACAUUUCGCUAACGCUCGUGCCAGUGUAUUUAGCAUUCAAACUCGUGCAAUGGAUGGGCUGGGAGUUGUUUGUCAACAAUUGA